AUCACAUGAUAUUCUAUUCAGUAGUUCUAAGGAUUUAUCCAGACCGGCAGAGGCUAGACAUGGGCAGCUGUGUGGAUUUGUAACUUUCUUUUUAAUACUAUGUGUAAGGACUGCUCAUUUUAAUAAAUAGGUUUAUUACGCAGGUUUUGUUUUAAGUUAUAUUAAUUGAUAACGGAAGCACUUCCUACUCUGCUAUGUAGCUAGGUAUGGCUGAGUUUUUACCAGUCGGUAAUCAGGACGCGUCACUAACGUCUGAGAAAAACAUUGGAAACGUUCAUUAACGUGUCGGAGAUAGUAGGCGAAACAGUCAGUCACAUUUAAAGAGCAAAGUGACAUCCGGCUCUUACAUUAUUCAGAGCACUUCAUGAAGUUGUGAAGCUUGUGCAGAGGCAGGUUUCACCAUGACAGAGCGCACUCCUCUUCUCCACUACCGCCUCUCCACCAGCGUCAAUGAAUCCGAGCUGCGCUCACCUCCGGCCAGGCAGGCCCUGGAGCAGCAACCGGGCAGCACCAGGCAGAGGUCCCAUCAGCGGCAGCCGCAGAAACUCUCCAUCUUCUUCGGUGUGGUGAUCCCUACCUUGCUUUCAAUGUUCAGCGUGGUAGUGUUUCUCCGGAUAGGCUUCGUGGUGGGACAGUCCGGACUGUACCAAGCUAUUGCCAUGUUCCUGGUGGCCUACUUCAUCAUCUGCAUGACCGUGCUGUCAGUCUGUGCCAUCUCCACAAAUGGAGCCCUGGAUGCCGGGGGAGCCUAUUACAUGAUCAGCCGAGCGUUGGGUCCAGAGUUUGGUGGCAGUAUCGGCAUCAUGUUCUUCCUGGCAAAUGUGUGUGGCAGCGCUCUCUUUGUGCUGGGUCUGGUUGAAGCCAUUGUGGCCACCUUCGGCGUGCCUGAAGACGGGACUCUGGCCACUUCUCCCUACCAGGUCCUGCCGUCGGGCUACUGGUGGUCUCUGCUUUACGCCACAGCCAUCGCCCUGCUGUGCCUGCUGGUGUGCCUGGUGGGAGCCCACAUCUACGCCAAGGCCACCUUCCUCAUCUUCCUGGUGGUCAUGUUUGUCCUGGGCACCAUCUUCAUCAGCUUCUUUGCCGUACGCCCUCGUACCAUCGUCCUGCCCAGUUCCGCCAACCCGACAGCCAACGGAACAGGCCCCGUGUUUCCCACCACAGCCAACUUUACUGGCUUCAAGUUGGACACGCUGCUCGGGAACCUGUGGGCUGACUACACUGUGGAUUACACAACGGGAACUACGAUGACCUUUGCCACUGUUUUCGCUGUCAUGUUUAAUGGCUGCACCGGCAUCAUGGCUGGUUCCAACAUGUCAGGUGAACUGAAGAAUCCUAGCUACUCCAUCCCCCGCGGCACCAUCACAGCCGUCAUCUUCACCUUCAUCAUCUACAAUCUGCUCUGUGUACUGGUUGCCUGCUCCUGUGACCGUGUCCUGCUUCAGAGGGAUUACAGUUUCCUAAGAGACAUCAACAUCUGGAACCACUUUGUUACCGUUGGGGUUUAUUCCUCCACUCUCUCCGCUGCCAUGAGCAACCUCAUCGGAGCCUCACGCAUCCUCUACGCCCUGGCCAGGGACGACUUGUUUGGUAAGGUGCUAUCUCCGGCUAAGAAGACAUCCCACAGUGGUAACCCCUGGGUCUCGGUGCUCAUCUCCUGGUUUCUUGUGCAGCUGGUGCUGUUUUCAGGGAAGCUCAACACCAUCGCCAGUAUUGUGACCAUUUUCUUCCUGUUGGUAUAUGCUGCUGUGGACUUGGCCUGCCUCGCUCUGGAAUGGGCCUCUGCACCUAAUUUCAGGCCCACCUUUCGUUACUUCACCUGGCAUACAUGUGCGUUGGGCAUUGUGGGUUGCGCCAUCAUGAUGUUCCUGAUCAACGCCAUCUACGCCUCGGCCAGCAUCGCCUUCAUGUUGCUGCUGCUUCUGCUGAUUCACUACCUCAGUCCCACCUCCAGCUGGGGCUACAUCAGCCAGGCUCUCAUUUUCCACCAGGUGCGUAAGUACCUGCUGAUGCUGGAUGUGAGGAAGGACCACGUAAAGUUCUGGAGGCCUCAGGUCCUGCUGAUGGUUUCUAACCCUCGCAGCAGUGUGGGCCUCAUUACCUUCAUCAACGACAUCAAGAAGAGCGGCCUCUACGUGCUGGGACACGUCCAGCUAGGAGAUCUCAACACUUUACCAUCCGACCCGCUGCAGUCCCAAUAUGACUCCUGGUUGUCCCUGGUGGACCAUCUAAACAUCAAAGCUUUUGUCAACUUGACAUUGGCUGAUUCUGUGCGUCAUGGGAUCCAACAUCUCCUCUUUAUCUCUGGACUAGGUGGGAUGCGUCCUAACACCCUCGUCCUUGGUUUCUAUGACGACUGUCUUCCAAAGGACAAACUGAUUGAUCCGUCACUUUCUACCAGUCAGUCCACAGAUCCCUUUGGCCCCUCACAUGAGCUCGAGCAACAACCCCCUGUCUUCCACUUUAGCUCCCUGCGGGGGUCCAUCGACAGACAGGAUUAUGGUGAAUUUGGGGACGGGAAGGUUCUGGGAUCCCAGGAGUAUGUCGCGAUCAUUGCUGAUGCCAUGAAGAUGCUUAAGAAUGUGGUGCUUGCCCGAUACUUCAACAACUUUGACCGAACCCAGGUCCUCUCGCCGCCCUCCUCCUCUCCAGGGAAGGGAGCUGUCUACGUUGACGUCUGGCCGGUCAACCUCCUACGUCCGGACAGCAGCAGCUACGUUGAUACCUGCUCUCUGUUCCUGCUACAGCUAGCAUGUAUCCUCAACAUGGUGAGAGCCUGGCGCAAAGCUACGCUCCGUCUCUUCCUGUGCGUGGAGGAAGGACGAAGCGUGAGAGGCUCGGAGGAGAAGCUGGGCCACCUGUUGAAAGAUUUGAGAAUUAAAGCUCAGGUCUACCCUGUGCCCUGGGACCAGCAGGUGGCACUACACUGGCAGCGCCAAGGCGGGUGGGACAAGAAACUGCUGUCACAAUCUCCUGAUACCACUGAAGAAGAGAAUACGCCAAGAGCAGAUGAGGAAGAGAACGAAGACGAUUACGUCAAUAGCUUCCCGAGCAACGCAACGCGCCUGUCAGAUGACUACCUGUCAGCUGUCAAUAAGCUGAUCCUGGACACGGCCCAGCCCGCCCCUGCUGUGCGUUUCCUAUACUUGCCCCGCCCACCAGCUGAUACCCGCCGCUACACCACCUACUUACACCAGCUGGAGCUGCUGACUCAGGACCUGGGCCCCACACUGCUCAUCCACGGAGUCACGCCUGUCAUCACCACUGACCUUUGAACAAUCCCCUUCCCUUAGAUGCUGAGGGCUGGUGAGUUUUGCAGUGUCUCUCUGAAGGUGUGUGGACCACUUUUAGUGCAGCAUCACUGCAGAUCUCAGCAGUUCUAAUGGUACUGACCUCCCCAUCCAACGACAGAUUGGGAAAAAGAAAACAACCCUUGAAUUUUGACCCAGACAGGGACAUCACUGCUCAUUGAUACCAUCUGCACUGCCUCGCACAAUAUGGAGGCACAAUGUAGCCCAAAGUCUGUAGUUCUGGUAUUCCCAUCAAGGAAUUCCCAUGUAGUUCUGGUAUUCCCAUCAAGCUUCAGAAGGCGCCAUGAUGUUAAACUUGUAGGACAACCUUUUCAACCAAUUUAGGCAUGAAACAAUCAGACUGUGAUUGAAUGUACCAAAGUAAAGUUCACAGCUUUUCAGACAAAUAUACAACCUGACAAAUACAGAGCUGCUAGCAGGCCAGUCAAAAGCAGUAUCAAAUAGAAUACAAUCUUCUUUUGAAUCCAUUUGUACCCACAUUACAGUACUUAAUCAAUGGUCCACGAGCUGACAGGCCCACAGGGGAAAAUUUAGAUUGCCAGUCCGCCUCUGUCACGCCAUCAGCUACUUCGUCACCCAUACAGUAUCUACAAUAGAAAGAGCAGUCUUGUGUUCUGGGUGUGCUGCUGCUCAAAUUCCUUAAAAUGAUCAUUCCAUAUGCCUUCAGAUGUAAAAGUGCCUUGCUAGUUAGGGAGCCAAAGUUUGGACUCAUUGGACAGAAAGCUGGACUGUGUUACACCUUGGAGCAGUCAUUUGCAGGAAAUCUGCUUUUCCAUUUUAAAAGCUUAGAACAAAGGAAACAGUUGAACAGUAAUAAUGAUGGUGCUACUAUGGAAGUCUUCAAAGUUUUAUUCCAAAAAUCAUUUUAUGUGGGAUCUCAGGAAGACAUUCUUCUUUUAUCCAAAUGCACUUUUGUCUUUCCUCUGCCAAACUGCAUGUAGUGCAUCUCUCCAGAAUUCCUUAAACAUGUUUACAGCACCAAUGACUACUGUGAUUAUCCACAAUAUUUUUUUGAUUUUAGGUACUCUGUAACUUUUAGAAUUGCUUUUACUCACCACUGCCCACAUUUCUUGACCACCCUCAAUGCUGAAGUGCCUAUAUGUAUUUUCUACAUCUUUGGCCUUUACCCAAAGUAUGUGUAACAUUUGAAGUGAACCUAUGUAACCUUUGCUGUACAGUGGCCACAAGUGGCAUUUAUUAUUACAGUUUUUCAUUUGUAAGUGGAAGAAUGUUUCUUCUGUCAAAAGUGACAGUCUCACUUUAAGCAUCACUGUGUUACCUAACAUUCUGUGGCAAAUAGUAUUUCCAUUCCUUCACACAUUGAUAAUGCAAUCUGUAUCCCCUUAGGCCAGUGUCAGAUGCAGGUUUAUUUAAAAAAGAAAUAGUCUAAAGGGUUGGUGUCCUUGAAUUAUGAGUCUGUACAAAUAGAUUCUUUGAGUUUAAGAGAUUCAUCCCAACAAUCGUCAUCACACUGACUCUGACACAUCUGUGGGGCUCAGAUCCAUAUUUGAAGAAAGGCUGAUACUUGGAUUUGGACUUAUCUUGAUAUCCCUGUGUUUGAAAUGAGAUGUAUGUUUACUUGUAGACUAAUUGGAUCCUUUCUAUUUCCAUGGAUGGGUUCUUGUUUGGACACUACACUCCUCAACAAACCAUUGACACUACAUUUCUUAAAAUAUUUGUCCUGGUUUUCUGCUCUUGGCCUCACAGGAGUGCAAAUACACGCUCAUUUAUUGAAGAAAUGAAAUGUGAAGUGUUUGAUUUCCUGUUGAAAUCAGAAAAAAAAAUAUAUAUAUACAUUACAUGUAAACUGAAAUGACAGGGAAAAAAAUAAAACGCUUGUACUACG